UGACAUAUCUAGAAAAGUCGUAGGUAGCCGGGUGAAAACUGAAAAAAAUAUUUAUUGUCAUUUUGUUGUGAAAAAGAGCCUCUCGUUGAUUCUAUUUUUGUCUCAGAGAAAGCUUUUGCUUGCUGACUGCUAUUAAGAGUUAACGAAUUAAGAAAACAAACGCUUGAAGAAUGGGAGAUUCGAAAGAAAAUCCCGUUGUUGAGGCAGCGAAACCAAAAAUCAAACAUGACUGGUACCAAACAGAUGCAUUUGUAGUUGUAACAAUACUCAUUAAGAAUGCACCAAGCGAUAAAAUUAAAGUUUAUUAUGGGGAACGGAGUCUCUCAAUAUCAAGUCCACUGCCAAACACAGAUUCAGAAUACAGCCUCGAACUAGAGCUAGCGCAUGAAAUUAUACCAUCUAUGUGCACAUAUGUAGUUAGUCCGUCAAAAGUGGAGGUCAAAUUGAGGAAAAAGGAGGGGAUUCGGUGGACCGUGCUGGAGGGGGAGGGAAAUGAGGAGAAGGUUAAGGCCAUACCUCAAGCUGUUAUCGACGCGUCCGGGCCGCAGCAGCCGCCGAAAAUAUUCAGAAAAGACUGGGACAAAAUAGAAAAGGAUAUUAAGAAAAUGGAGGAAGAAGAAAAGCCAGAAGGAGAAGCGGCCCUCAACGCUUUAUUUCAGAAAAUAUACGGAGAAGGCUCCGAUGAAGUUAGACGAGCCAUGAAUAAGAGUUAUGUGGAAUCAGGUGGAACUGUUCUAAGCACAAACUGGAAUCAAGUGGCCAAAGAGAAGGUUGAAGUUAAACCACCAGAUGGACUUGAGUUCAAGAAGUGGGAUGAAUAAAUAUAUAAUUGUCUAUGGAAGAUUAAUAUGUUGAUAGAAGAUUGAAAAAAAAAAAAAUUUUUUUUUUAGAAGAUUGUAAUCUCUUUAAAUAAAAACGAAUCCCUAUUUCCCUUGGUCACGGCAUCAUGUUUUUAGUCAGUUAUACGACUAGCUGGUCUCAAACGCUUUUUGUUAAUUGUAAUAAUUACAUUUGUUUUUUCAGAAAUGUAUAAAAUAAUUAAGUCACUGAUAGCCUGUUUAACACUUUGUGGCGUAUAUUUUUACAAAGAUUAUUUGUAAUAUAACAGUCAAAUAAGGUAAAUAGAACUUAUCCAGAAGUAGAUUAUUAAAUAUAAUUUUUUUAUACUCAAUAGUUUUCCGUUCUUUUAAGUGAUAAAAAAGUUUCUUCAAGUAUUAUGAACAAUAUAAUUUGUUUUUCAACAUUUCGUGUUUUGAAUGAAAAAUAGAAAGAAAGAGACAGAACUAUAUAUUUUUAUCUUUGGUGCUGGACGCGUUAUUAUGUCCUUAAUGUUACUUCUAUUGUAAUAUCUUUCUAUUAUUCAUAUAAACUAUUCUUAUGUAUCUAAUUUUAAUUUAUUUUAUAUGAAAAAUGAAGAAAAUUUGUUUUUGUACAAGACUUUAUAUAUUGCAAAAUCUUCUAUCAACAUAUUAAUUGAAAAUAAUGUCAUUUGUUUUAUUUGAAGCGAAUUUGUGAAAUCUGUAAUCUACCUAUGCCUGAAACGUCUUUGAAUGUAGUUGUGUAUUUUGACUGCGCAAAGUUAAUUUUAAUGUAUUUAAUACUUAAUAUAAUACUUUUAAGUCA